AUGAUCGGAACUGCGGAAGGAUGCCUAGAUGGAUCAAUUGUUAUAUGGGAUGUAACCAGAAAUGCAGUCAGACAAACAUUAGAAUCACAAGCAGGCGUUGUCACCAUUAAAUGGCUAACUGGAGCAAAAAUUAUAUCAGCUCAUUUAGAUGGUUGCAUUAGAAUUUAUGAUGGAAGAUCGGGUGUUUUAGAAAAUCUGUUUAUGGGUCAUAGAAGGGCAAUACUUGACUUGGCAGUCUCAAAAAAUCACAAAACAUUUGCAACCGCGUCUGAUGAUGGUACAGCGAAGUUAUUUGAUUUACAAAAUUCUCCUCCUGUCGAAAUGGAUUCUUGA